GUCAGGCAGAUCGACUGGGACCUUACCUGCGCUAACCACGAUGUAUUGUACCUCUGAGAAACGCUCGCCCCGCGGCACAACCCUGAAGCCCAUUUUGGGGUCAGUGGUAGGGGCUGCUUCUUUGGUGAUUGUUUUGCUGACGACAGAAGUUUCCGCGGUUUGCAAUGGCUAUGUUAACGACAUGGCCAACGAACAUGAUAUCCGGGCUCCGUUUGGCUGUACCAAUACUCCAUUUGGUCGGUCUUGUGGAAUCCCCCCACGUGACUGUCAAGAUCUCUUGGACGCUGGCUACCGUUAUAAUGGGAUAUACGUGGUCUACCCCCGCGAAUCUGACUUAGGCUUCCCCGUUUACUGUGAUAUGGAGACAGAUGGCGGUGGUUGGCUGGUGUUCCAAAGACGAUUUAAUGGCUCUCUGGAUUUCUACCAAAAUUGGGAAACAUACGAGAGAGGCUUUGGUUCUUUUCAGUCCGAGUUUUGGCUUGGAAACUACAAACUUUAUUUAUUGACAUCCCAGAAAAAUUACGAACUGCGUAUUGAACUGGAAGAUUUUGCUAACCAAGAAGUCCAUGUGAAAUAUAAAAAGUUCGCCGUGGGAAAUCCUUCUGAGAAAUACCAGCUGAGAGUAUCCGGCUUUGAUGCUACAGAGUUUCCUAAAGUUGGCGAUUCAUUGGGUUUGCACGACGGUCAGAAGUUUUCGACCUAUGACCAGGACAACGACGCCACUGUGGUCAACUGUGCGGAACAGUUUAAAGGAGCUUGGUGGUACGAGAGUUGCCAUCGCACCAACCUGAACGGUCUGUACCUCAAAGGAACGACUGUCACCUACGCCAACGGGAUCAACUGGAAGACCUGGAAGGGCUACUACUACUCCCUGAAGGCCACGGAAAUGAAAAUCAAACCUCGCAUAAAGGGGGGUUAAAAUGUGAAACAAAACAACAGAAAACUGAAUGACUUUGAAUUAACUGAAGUCUCUAUAUGAAAAACGCGCAUGCGGAUACCCAGUAUUUGACUUCAGAAGCACAAUCUGAGUUGCGCAUUGCAUAGAGUUAGCAUGCGUUAUAUAAAAAUAUCAUGUAGUGUUAUUUGGGAUGUUUCCAGACUAUUCGGUGCCAAAUGUUGUUUUCAUGCACAAAUCAUAAAAAGCUAUAAUAAUUGUUCGGUUUUGUUAUCUACGUACUGAAAAACAAAAAAGAAUCGAAGCCAUCUACCACAUCUAUCUAACCAACGCUUUUCCUUUCCAGUAUUGUGUAUAUAUGUGUUCGCAUAAUUCUAUAUUCCAUUUUAAUUUUACUGUAAAUGUUUCUGUAAAUGUCAAUGCCGUUUUUCUCUGUGUGUGGAUUAACAAAAUGUUGGUGAAUAUGCAUACUCAAUACAGCACAUGCGCCACUUUCUACCUUCAAAGCCAACACUAGACAAGUCUGACCUUUUGAACUUGUGCGACGUGCGUAUACCUGUUUAGUCUAACCGCCUGAUGAUCAGCAAUAAUCAGUAUUCAUCAAUAAAAAUAUUUCAGCUUUUCGUUGAAAUCAUGCUGUGAACACAUUAAGUAAAGGAAAUGAAUAUUUAUCAACUUUUUGUUUUUCUGAAAUCACCUCAUGUAUCGUUACUGUGCAGCCAGUGAUGUUGUUCAAGAUUUUUGUGCGAAUUUUUCUAGUGAUGGCGAGGCUGUAAAACGAGCCCAGAGAGCGGCACAUGCGCAGGAAUGAGUAUGGGGAAAGUAGUGAUAUGAAGGACAGCUAGGUGCAGCAAUUAUGUCCUUCCUAUUGAUCAAAAAUGCAUGACGUGAACUCCGUACUUCAACUCUUUCCGGUAGAGACUGUCAAAUUGAGGAACGUAAACAAAGGCAAACAAGCUACUCACAGAGAAAGUGUCGUACUGAGUUUAAAAAUGACCUCUUGUCUUGUAAAUUGUUGUGGAUUUUUCGUCACAUUGCUUGUAUAUUGUUGGCGUGAUUCACACGUCUUAUUGUACUACGGUCGAUAUCUUUCGUGACAUUUUGCUCAAGUUGUUUCAUCCUUGGAUAAAAUCUUUGCUUUUGUGAUUAGACAAAUUUAUCGAUGGGAUGUUAAACAGUGUAAAUAGUUGGUAUGCGAUCUGUGUUGAAGGUGAUAAGUGGUUUACUUCAAAGUAAAAAGUGAAAUAUGAGUGCGUAUUAGUUAUGUUUCUGUAUUUAAGGUAGUCUGGUUGGGCGUUUACCCGGUGUUGGCCACAGCAUGCUCGCUUUGUUUGGCAGAAAUGGACGGACAGCAUCCAGAACAAGCUGAAAGCACUAGCUCGUAUUACUGUGUUAACUGUGUUCAAGUGCAUAUCCAGCGUUGUUAUGUACAGUGGAUAUUACUGUCACCAGAGAACUGUUUGUACAAAUUUGGCCAAAAUAAAAUAAUCAAAGUUUAAUUGUA